GGCAAUGAAUGUGGGCAGGUCCCUCUACGCUCAACACUCAACACCCGGAUGUGUGCGGCACUUCGACUGCAUAGUAGAAUAGCUGGAUCCAGAUAAUAGACUAUUUGAUGGGAAUCAGAUCGCGGAUUACGACAAAAAAUGAAAUCAACUGAAUCAGUGCCGUUCUGGAAUAACUGACAGAAUGGAGGACGAUCUGGUUUCAGAGGAUGAUAUUUUGCUCCGGUCGGAGAAGGAAUUCCACGAUGCAGCCAAGAGGAACGACACAGACAAAAUGCGGGAGCUGAUGAAGAAAGGAGUGGACAUCAAGGCCAAAAACAAAACAGGCCGUACGGCGCUGCACUGGGCGGCGGGGGCUGGGAAUGAGCAGGCUCUACGUCUGUUACUUGACCAUAAUAAUGAGGUGGAUGUGGAGGACAGUUUUGGUAUGAAUGCUCUGCUGCUGGCAGCCUGGUUCGGGCGCCUCAAGAUCCUACAGAUCCUCGUGGCCUCUGGAGCAAAGCUCAACUGUGAAAACAAAAAUGGGCUGGGCCUGCUGCACUGUGCCGCCCAGCGGGGUCAUAGCAGAGUGCUGGAGUUCAUCAUGGAGGACCUAGUAGAGGACGUACUGCUGGACAGGGUGGACAAUUCUGGGAAGACAGCGUUUCACCUGGCUGCAGAACAUGGACAGCUAGAGGUGGUUGAGUUCCUCAUCGGUAUGGGCUGCACUCACGGCCUCAAGGAUAAGGAUGAAAACAUGGCCAUCCAUCUAGCAGCCAAGCAUGGACAUAAAGAGGUCCUGCAGAAGUUAGUUGAGACAGGAGUGGACAUUGAUGAGAGAAACAUAGACGGACUGACACCUCUGCACCUGUCCUCUGAUGGAGGUCACUAUGAAUGUGUCAAACUACUGCUGGAAGCCUGCUGUAAUGUCAACGCGCUGACAAACAAGAAUAUGAAUGCCCUCCACUACGUGGCCCAGCACGGCUUUGAGAGGGAGACCAGUCUGCUACUGGAGGCAGGCAUCAACACAGACACGGUGGAUGGCCAACACACAUCCCCUCUUCACAUCGCCGUGCUCAACAAUCACACUGAGGUGGUACGGCUGCUAAUAGACGCUGAAUGUGACCUGGACAUAUCUGACAAUAGGCUCCAGACAGCCCUUCACAUCGCAGCAGAGCAUGGAAGACAGGACAUCGCUGAGAUGAUCCUCAUAGCUGGGGUUAACCUCAAACUACUGGAUAAGCAGGGGAAGACUUCUCUGGAGGUGGCAGCCAGAGGAAACCAUGUCAUCUUAGUGGACAUGAUCAUCAAAGCAGACCGGUUUUACAAGUGGGAAAAGGACAACGUGAUUAGCGAUGGUGAUUCGUGGCUGGGGAAGCAGCUGAGCUUUAAACAGGACCACCAGGUGGAGACCCAGCACCUGCGCUCUGUCACGUGGAGGCUGGCCACCAAAGACCUGUCCCGCGGGGAGUGGAAGAGCCUCGCACAGCACUGGGGCUUCACGGAUGCCCACAUACGCUCCAUAGAGCAGCAGUGGACAGGUACAAAGAGCUUCAAGGAGCAUGGGCACCGUAUGUUGCUGAUCUGGCUGCAUGGAGUAGUCAUCGCAGGGGAGAACCCAAUCAAAGGCCUGUAUGAGGGACUGGCGGGGAUCUCCAGGACCGACCUAGCUGAAAGCAUCAGACAGAAGGCAAAUGCAGACACAAGCUCUCCCAAGAAAUGCACCGCCAUGUGAACAAGUCCAUCCUGAAACACACUGAUAUACUGCAGGAAUAAAUGCCCAUUCCAGGGUUCAAAACUAAAAAUUGUGUCUGAAUAAAGUUAACACACUGAACAAAAAUAUAAAUGCAACAUGUAAAGUGUUGGUCCCAUGUUUAAUGAGCUGAAAUAAAUGAUCCCAGAAAUGUCCCAUAUGCGCAAAAAUCAUAUUUCUCUCAGAUUUUGUGCACUAAUUUG